AUGAUAUCACUCAGUGUGAUGACCAUUGCAUCUCCUAUCCAAUUAGCGCGCCGGGCAAUCACAACCGAGCUGCUGGAACGAUUCACCCUAUUCUCCCAAUUUGCUAGCCUAUCGGCCUGUGAUCAAAAUAUCAAUCAAACGGGCCAAAGGCUGACCUGCGACUAUGGCACUUGUGGACUCGUAGAAGCCGAUAACACGACGGUAAUCAACACAUUCCACAGUGUCAACGGGCCAACAGGUUACAUCGCCCUAGACCACACGCGGGAACUGAUCCUUUUGACAUUCCGCGGAACGGUAUCUGAAAGCGACGGCAACACAGAUCUUGACAUCGUUCUCACCCCAAUUGAUGAGGUUUGCACUGGAUGCACAGCCCAUCACGGUUUCUGGGUAUACUGGACUGCUAUAGCGAGCCAGGCAACGACCCAGCUUCGAGAUGCAACCAGCUCAUAUCCGGGGUAUAAGUUGACCGUAGUCGGGCACAGUCUGGGUGGGGGGAUUGCGACGUUGGCAGCGACUGUUCUUCGAACACAGGGGUUCAGUCUGGAUGCUUGGACCUUCGGCGCCCCCAAACCAGGGAAUAUGAAGCUGGCCGAAUUCAUCACAAACCAGCAAUCACCAAACAGUAUUUAUCGAGCCACGCAUACUACAGACCCCGUGCCGAAAGUGCCGAUCAAUUUGCCGUUCUUGGAUUGGAGCCAGCCCUCGCCUGAAUACUGGAUUACCCAGGAGACUGGUGUACAAGCCACCGCUGAUGGGGUGCAGCAUGUUGAAGGGAUCAAUAGCAGGGCGGGGAAUGCUGGGUCGGAUCGGGAUUUGAGGUGGCCGAAUCCUGAACAUGGGUGGUAUUUUGGUAACAUGAGCGUCUGCGCAACUCCGAUAGAUGCAUCAUCGUAA